AUGAGGCAUUUAGGGAUUUUUUCUUUAACUGGAAUUUUACGUCGGUGUUUUUGCUUAAGAAAGUUAGGGAUUCGAAGACCACUUCCUAGUUAUUAUGAUUCGAGUUUGCUGGAUGGAUCGACGACUUCGAAGAACAUAUUAUCAGAAAGGAAUAGAAGGAGGAAGCUUAACGAGAGGCUUUUUGCACUCAGAUCGGUUGUUCCGAAUAUAAGUAAGAAACCUGACUUGGCAGGCUUAGCUGAAUUUUUUAAGCCAUUGAACGAAGUUACUAUGAAAGCAAAUGCACUCACAGGGGGAAGGAGGUCUGAUUUCUUCAACCAUUUGAAAGCUACAGCUGAUAGUCUAUCUACACUGGCUUGGUUUGCAUUCAUAGGAAAAGACUGUGGUAUGAGCAUGCCCAUUGCCCAUGUUCAAGAAAGUUGGCAAAUGGCUAAAUUUUACAACAACAAAGUUCUUGUAGAGUACAGAAACAAAGAUCCAAAUCAUGUUGAGUGGGCCAAAGUUAUAAAGGAACUCUAUUUGACAGUAUGGAGUGUUACGGGGAAAACAACUACUUCUGCUGCUCCUAAGGCUUCUCCUCCUCCUAAAACAUCAGCACCAGGUCUGAAGAAAAUCACAGAUGACAUGAAAACCAAGAACCGUGCAGAUAAAGUUGGCAUUGUGGGUUCUAGUGAGAAACGUGGUCCUACAACCUCUCCUUGA